AUGUCCGUCUGGAGCGAAAUCAUAAUAUCAUCUGCCUGCAGCAACAGUGAGGAAGUAGAAGAAUAUAUACGGCCCCUUGCUGGAGUCUCGCCAUUAUACGGCUUUGGGGUCGGCUGGCAGAAGAUCUUCCUGCGCACCUCACAGCCUCUGGAGUUUCAUGUCUCUACAGAAGAAUAUAACGAAGGCCUGCAGGAGGCGCUGCGAGAAGCCACCGAGUCGGAUGAAGGGGAGAACUACAGUGAAAAUGAGCAUGACUACACCGUGUGCCAUUGGGCUCUCGUAGUUGGACGCAGAUAG